AUGGGAGCUGAGAGGAAUGAAAGUCUUGAUUUCCUAUCUGUCUUCCUGACUGGCAUUCCAGGAUUAGAAGCCCAACAUGUCUGGAUCUCUAUACCCUUCUUUGUCAUGUACAUUGUGGCCACUGGGAGCAACAGCUUAAUCAUGGCAGCAGUGCAGGGAGACUCUGCUCUACAUGAGCCCAUGUAUCUAUUCCUCUCCAUGUUGGCUGUCACAGAAGUGGGUGUCUCUGUGUCUACACUGCCUACUGUUAUGGGCAUUCUUUGGUUUGAUACACGUAGGACAGACUUUGGUGGCUGCCUGGCUCAGAUGUUUUUCAUUCACACCUUCUCCUGCAUGGAGUCAGGGGUCCUGUUGGCCAUGAGUUAUGAUCGCUUUGUAGCCAUCUACAAUCCGCUGCAUUAUACAGCUAUCCUGACCCUACCCCGCAUCAUGUCCAUGGGUCUGGGCAUUACACUGAAGAGUGUGGCAUUCAUGGCCCCACUUCCUGUUCUUCUGAGGCAACUUCCCUAUUGUCACAUUAACAUUCUUUCCCAUUCCUAUUGCCUCCAUUCAGACCUGAUCCAGCUGCCUUGUGCUGAUACUAAGCUCAAUAGUAUCCUGGGUUUGACCAUUGUACUUGCCACUUUUGGCCUGGACUCAGUGCUCAUUGUGGUGUCAUAUGUGCUGAUUCUUUACACAGUACUGGGUAUUGCUUCUGGAGAGGGAAGAAGGAAGGCUCUCAACACAUGUGUGUCACAUGUCUGUGCAGUACUUGUGUACUAUGUGCCUAUGAUUGGGGUGUCUGUGAUGCACCGUGCUGCCAAGCAUGCUUCUCCUUUGGUCCACACAAUCAUGUCUAGCAUCUAUCUCUUUGUGCCACCAGUGCUUAACCCCAUCAUCUACAGUAUUAAGACAAAGCCAAUCAGAGAGGGGAUUGUCACCUUGUUUUCUUGCAAGAAGGAAUUGACCUGA